CGCUGUGGGUGGUCUAACAUUUGCAACUUGCAAGUUGCAAGCCAUAUUGAAAAUGCAAAGACAAUUGAAAAUGCAUGUUCCCUCUUUCUAGAUGGCACUACCUGAUUGGCAACAAGCACCAAACCCUGCUCCCGCCACUUCCAACAUUGUUAAAAUAAGCGGUCUUUUCAAAUUCCAUUCUUUUACCUACUUCGACCGGAGCAAAGUUGGGGCAGAGAAAGAAAUGGUAUCCACGCGGCGGCGAAGAGCCGGAAGUGUCGCCAUCGCUGCGGAGGAAGGAUCAGAUGGAGGUAGUCCGAGUUCGGAACCGAUUCCAGUUUCUGGGUACGAAGAAUUGAGAGACCAAAGAAUCAAAGAGAAUAAAGAGAGAAUGGAGAAAUUAGGGCUUCUGAACCUCUCUCUCAAGCUCAAGGCCUCCAACAGAAACCCUAGAAAUGUUUCUUCCGAUGCGAAAUCUGCCAGACCGCCGCCCUCUGAUUCUCAAUCCCAGAGGCGUUCGUCCAGGUUGAAGACUCUUGCUCCAGUUAGCUAUGCUGAGACUGUGGUGGAUAGAAAGAAGCGGGAAUCCUCAAAGGUGGUCGAGAUUCAAUUGAAAGAAGGCUCACAGCCAGAGAUUUACACGGAAGAGCAUGAGAGGCUUCUGGGUAAUUGGCAGAAGGAAUGGACUUUGUCCGUGGAUGGAUAUGGUGAAGACGGGAAGCGCAUACUUGAUCCAGUGAAUGGACAAACCUGUCACCAGUGCAGGCAAAAGGCACUGGGUUUGCACACGACUUGCUGCAAAUGCAAGUUGGUCCAAGGUCAGUUCUGUGGAGACUGCUUAUUCAUGAGAUAUGGAGAGAAUGUGAUUGAAGUCAAUCAGAAUUCAGAAUGGAUCUGCCCUCCAUGUCGGGGUAUAUGUAAUUGCAGUCUUUGCAGGAAGGAAAAGGGUUGGUUGCCAACUGGUAAUCUUUACAGGAAGGUUACUCAUCUGGGUUUUAAGUCUGUGGCACAUUUUCUCAUUCAAACCCGCCGUGGCCCAUCUCAUCCAGAAGACUCACCUGCUGAAGAAAUGCAGCAUUCCAUUCCCUUACAACUUGAGAAUGCAUCUGAACAGCAACUUGGAGUCUCUGAUGCUCAACUUGCAGAUCGCAGUGGUAGCAAAGAAAGAGUGGGAGAUGACGAUGAGGUUAAUGAAGUGAAAGUAAAGAUGUAGGGUGGAGCAGCGUGUCCUAAUAGUUUUGUGGUGCUCCAGAGUGAAGCUUCUAUCAUGGUCCCUUGUCAUAUAUUCAAACAAUGCUGAUCUUUCUCUAAAUCGUGCUUCUGUAUAUGGUCUUAUAGGAUCACUAGCUCUAUGAGCAUUUUGCUAAAGGAAGCCUAGAUGCAAGUUUUUGCGAUUCAAAAGUUGUAAAGAUAAAACCUAGAAGAAUGAAUGAAAAUAUCCCUUGGUAUUUCCUCAAAAAACUUGAAGGUUCCCAAUGAAUAAUCAAAGUCGAC